AUGGGCCCCCAGAACAUGGAUCAUGGUUGGCAGUUACCCGGUGGCCAAAAUGCGGAAGGCUUCGAGCAGCUCGAUCUUUCUCAACUGUUCGCCAUCGACGACAAUAUCGAGGUUCCACCCGACAACGAUGGUUUCGGCAUGAAUCUCAGCGCAAUGGGCAACCAGCCCAUGCCCUACCAGGCCGCCAUGAUAAACGGAGGCUUUGCGCAGCAUCCAGUGAACCUAGCGGGCGGACAAGUCCCGGCGAACCAGCUUGGCGGACAGCUUCCAAUGAACGGAGGCUUUCUACAGCUCUCAUCGGAACUUAUUGUGCAAAUGGGCAUCGUCAUGGCCGGUGUUGCUGGAACAGAACUCCACGGACCAUUCUGGAAGAUUCUUGACAGCAUCUUCUACUUCGUCCGCAAUGAUAGAUGGGCCUCCAUCCCCACCAUUCGCGGAAACUUUCGCUCCAAGGCUUCUGUCCAAGCCUCCCACCGCGCCGUCGGACCCCCGCUGCCCUACGUCCCGGCCACUUGGCCUGCGUAUCUGGCCAGUAUUUGUGCACCCGAAGACGAGGAGCUGAGACAAGGUGUCCAAGCCCAUAUGGCCUUUGCUUUCGACGCCUUCUCCUUCGCUGUGUUUAUGGAGAGGAUGGGCUCUCUGGAGUCCAGUUACGCCACCGUGGGCCAGACCAGGCCCAUCAUUGCCAGACUUCACGCCAAGUUGGCUAGCCACGAGCAGCAAGGCCUUGACUGGGACGCCGACAAACACGGGGCGGUGGACCAUCAGUUCAACGGGCUGACCAUCAGCAAUGUGCCUGAGUCGCUUGCGAGCCAGAAGUGGCAGAGAAGACAGAAGGCCUACCAAACUCGCACCAAGUACGGCGCCACACAAGCCAGCUUUAGAGAUGCGCCGAGGACCGAGCAGGAGGAAGGAAAGAAAGUUAAAGAAUUGGUGGUCGCGAUGUUGAAUCUACUUCACAUCGUCGACAAGGAGUACCACAAGGGCGGAAAAUUGAACCAUGUCCUGAAGGAGUUCAAGCACAUGUCGCUUUACAACUUGGAGUCGAGCGCCUGGGAUGCCAUGGACGAGCUCCGAACCGUCGCUUUGGGCAUGGCGAACGCCGGCGUGUUCGACUUGGACCUCAACUUCAAGGUAUACGAGACCUUUGAAGCCCGUCUGGAGGACUUCAUGACACUCUUCCGUUCUUCGAAAGCGGCCGUGACGGGCACCACGGAGACUCGCAAGCUCGUUCGGUUUGCCGGAAAACCUCUUGGUGAACUCAGCAUGAAGAAUAUGAACAGGAACGGUGCUGAAAAGAAGGCAACCUACUUGGCUGCCGUCGGCGAGGCCAGAACCAUAAUUGCGGCGGUAGCCCAGGGGCAACAACAAGGUGCCGCGCACAAAGCUGCUGAGCCGGUGCAAGAACAGGACUCGGAUUUGGAGCAUGAAGAGGAUUCGGAGCUUGAGCAAGAAGAUUACUUCAAAGAAGGCUCCGAGGAUGCCGAAGAUGAUGAGUCUCUGCCUGCCGCCAAACGAAGUCGCAUCUCGAAUGACGACGAGGUUGGUCAGUCCCUCUAG